UAUCUCAGUUUCCUGCAGGGCCGGAGUGGGAGCUUCAUGAAACUCGGGUUCCUGCUUGUGGAUCCACUGUUACACAGCUUCAUUUCAUUUCCAAGGUCCUGUGCCUUAGUUUUCUAUGGAUCCUGUUGAAGAUACCCCACCAAUUCUACGUGUUCCCUGUACCAUCACAGAAACCCAAGCCAAUAAGGAUCAGGAAUCACAGCUAGAAACUGGUGCUCAGAAAGAAGUCACAAAUGGUCUUUCACAACCACAAAUCAUCCACAAGGAGGGCAAGAUCAACUCCCAAGAGGAGCAGGAGCUGGCAAAGUUCAGACAGGUCGAAAGAAACAAUACUGAGCUGGAGAAGAUGCGAAUUAACUUUGAGUUGACUAUGCUGAAAUACCAACAGUUAGAGAAUGAAAAGCAGCGGCAACAUGAGGAAAAGAUGGAGCAGAUGCGUCAGCAGGCACCACUGAAACCAGCAGGUUCACAGGCAGUGGAGCACCCUGGUAACAAGUUAGAUCCAAUAACUGAAAUUGAACUGGAGAAGAUGCGUAUGGAGUUUGAACUGAGCAAGCUGAGAUAUAUCUAUGAGGAGAAUGAAAGACAGAGGCAGCAUGAGCAGAAAAUGCUCAAGGAGAAGGAAAAGCAAUGGCAACAUGAAGAGAACAUGGAGGAGACGCGUUGGCGGAAACUACCCAGAAGGGGAAGCCAAAAGAAUCCCAGUGGCAAAACUGAAGCCACUGCUGAAAUGGAGCUGGGGAAUAUGAAGAUAGAACUUGAGCUGGCCAUGCUGAUAUACCUGAAGGACAUGAAUGAAAAGCAGCUGCAGUGUGAGAAGAGGAAAAAGAAGGAAAAGAAAUCUCUGGAACAGGCAGAGGAGGAAAAGCAGGAGGACACAAAGGAAGAGAAACAAGAGGAGAUUAUGAAAGAGCAGGUGCCAUGUACAGUAGUAACUUCAGAAGAACCAGAGUGGUUAAACAACAGGUUUGAUUUAGCAGUUGAAUCAGAGCUGGAGAGGAGACGGAUGGAGUUUGAACUCACCCGGCUUGAGUAUGAACAUAAGGAGAAUGAGAAACAAAGGCAGCAUGAGGAGAAGAUGGAGCAGAUGCGUCAGCAGGCAGCACUCAGCGAGGUAAGAUGA